UUUUUAAAUAAAGAAAUAUCAACUUUGGGUUGCAAAUGAAUGGAAAUAAACAUUUACCGUAAUUUUACAGAGCGUAGCGAUGAUUUUUGUUUCUUAUCGAUAGGUCGAAUUUCUGCAUUGACCAUUUUGUUGUGGAAAUGCAUGCCAUUUGUUGAAAGUAAAUUUAAAUACGCGGACAAACCAAUUUUGUUUUGCUACAAUUUGGAAUAGUGCUCCAAUUGCUAUAUUUCAUAGAAUGAAGAAACAGAAAGAGAACAAAGCAGCUGUUGCUGACAAAGCGGUGAUCAAGAAAAUAUAUAAUUCAAAGCGUCCAAAAGUAAAAGCAAUCUGGCAGACAAAGGACAUUUAUAAACUAAUACGCGAGGUGAAAAAGGAAUUAUGCAUUUGGAACUCGCCCAACAUAAGGAAUGCCAAUAAACAUGAAAGAAAGGAGGCCUGGUCAAGAAUAGCCGCUGAAUUCAAUGGCCAAUAUGAUGAUGUUGAACUACAAGCAAAGUGGACGAGCCUACGAUCACAAUAUCGUCAAUGCCAAAGAACCAAAAUGUUCUAUUGGAAAUACUUUAAGACACUUUCGUUUAUCGAUAAGAGUCCGCCUGAAGCGGCUGCUCCUGCCAAAAGCCCCACGCCAUCUACAUCCAUAUGCUCCAUUGAGGACAGCAAUGACAGUGCAUUGGACACCGCAUCGUUGUCUGGCGUUGAAACAGUCACAGCCGACUCCUCAUUGCCCAAGGCCACAUUUUCGGAGACUCUUUUAAACCAAAGUAUCACAGGAUCAGCCGCAGAUGUGGCCAAUCCCAUAUGUCAGCUAGGAGAAACCCACUUUCAAUCGCCGGAUAGGAACGAGGCCUUGAUGGCAUUUUUGCUCAGUGAAUUGCAAACACUGCGCGAAGAGGAUGCAAAUAUUUUGCGCUGUCGUCUGCAGCGAACUCUGCUGGAGUUUAAUGAGGAAAGGCAGACCAAUUUGGCCAGGCACACUGUGCAGCUCAACGACGUGAAGCCUGUUUUGUAGUUUAUAACAUAAGCAAACUUUGUAAAUUAAUAGAAUAAAUAGACAUAUUGAUAUCAAACUCUAA